CGGCCGCGGCCCUCGGCAGCGCCACCAUGUACUCGGGAGCCGGCCCCGUUCUUGCUGCUCCUGCUCCGUCAUCACCCAUCCCAGGAUAUGGCUUCAAACCGCCACCUCGGCCGGACUUCGGCACCACCGGGAGAACAAUCAAACUACAGGCCAAUUUCUUUGAAAUGGACAUCCCCAAAAUUGACAUUUAUCACUAUGAAUUGGACAUCAAACCUGAGAAAUGCCCUCGGAGAGUGAACAGGGAAAUAGUGGAGCACAUGGUCCAGCACUUUAAAACCCAGAUCUUCGGGGACCGGAAGCCAGUGUUUGAUGGAAGAAAGAAUCUGUACACAGCUAUGCCCCUUCCAAUCGGCAGGGACAAGGUGGAACUGGAGGUCACGCUGCCGGGAGAAGGCAAAGAUCGCAUCUUUAAGGUAUCCAUCAAGUGGGUGUCAUGCGUGAGCCUGCAGGCGUUACACGAUGCACUUUCGGGGCGGCUGCCCAGCGUCCCCUUCGAGACGAUCCAGGCCCUGGACGUUGUCAUGAGGCACUUGCCAUCCAUGAGGUACACCCCUGUUGGCCGUUCCUUCUUCACUGCAUCUGAAGGCUGUUCCAACCCUCUGGGUGGGGGCAGAGAAGUCUGGUUUGGCUUCCAUCAGUCCGUCCGACCUUCUCUUUGGAAAAUGAUGCUGAAUAUUGAUGUAUCAGCAACAGCGUUUUACAAGGCACAGCCAGUGAUCGAGUUUGUUUGUGAAGUUUUGGAUUUUAAAAGUAUUGAAGAACAACAAAAACCUCUGACAGAUUCCCAAAGGGUAAAGUUUACCAAAGAAAUUAAAGGUCUAAAGGUGGAGAUAACGCACUGUGGUCAGAUGAAGAGGAAGUACCGUGUCUGCAAUGUGACCCGGCGCCCUGCCAGUCACCAAACGUUUCCACUGCAGCAGGAGAGUGGGCAGACAGUGGAGUGUACAGUGGCCCAGUACUUCAAGGACAGGCACAAGCUGGUUCUGCGCUACCCCCACCUCCCGUGUUUACAAGUUGGACAGGAGCAGAAACACACCUACCUUCCUUUGGAGGUCUGUAACAUAGUUGCUGGACAGAGAUGUAUAAAAAAAUUAACAGACAAUCAGACCUCAACCAUGAUCAGAGCAACUGCCAGGUCAGCACCGGAUCGGCAAGAGGAGAUCAGCAAAUUGAUGCGAAGUGCAAGUUUCAAUACAGACCCAUAUGUUCGUGAAUUUGGAAUCAUGGUGAAAGAUGAGAUGACAGAUGUGACUGGGCGGGUCCUUCAGCCGCCUUCCAUUCUCUACGGGGGCAGGAACAAAGCUAUUGCCACCCCUGUGCAGGGUGUGUGGGACAUGAGGAACAAGCAGUUCCACACAGGCAUUGAGAUCAAGGUGUGGGCCAUCGCCUGCUUUGCGCCCCAGCGCCAGUGUACAGAAGUCCAUCUCAAGUCCUUCACAGAGCAACUGAGGAAGAUCUCAAGAGAUGCUGGGAUGCCCAUCCAGGGUCAGCCCUGCUUCUGUAAAUAUGCACAAGGUGCAGACAGUGUGGAGCCCAUGUUCCGACACCUGAAGAACACAUACGCUGGUCUCCAGCUGGUGGUGGUCAUCCUGCCUGGCAAAACUCCUGUGUAUGCGGAAGUCAAGCGUGUGGGAGACACCGUGCUGGGGAUGGCCACACAGUGUGUCCAGAUGAAGAACGUGCAGAGGACCACGCCACAGACCCUAUCCAAUCUCUGCUUAAAGAUCAAUGUCAAACUGGGAGGCGUCAACAACAUCCUGCUGCCACAGGGCAGGCCUCCAGUGUUCCAGCAACCUGUCAUCUUCCUGGGAGCCGAUGUCACCCACCCACCAGCUGGGGAUGGGAAGAAACCUUCGAUUGCUGCCGUCGUGGGCAGCAUGGACGCACACCCCAACCGCUACUGUGCCACUGUGCGCGUACAGCAGCACCGACAGGAGAUCAUCCAGGACCUGGCCGCUAUGGUGCGUGAGCUGCUCAUCCAGUUCUACAAAUCUACUCGCUUCAAGCCUACCCGCAUCAUCUUCUACCGUGACGGCGUCUCCGAGGGCCAGUUCCAGCAGGUUCUCCACCAUGAGCUCCUGGCCAUCAGAGAGGCCUGCAUCAAGCUGGAGAAGGACUAUCAGCCAGGGAUCACAUUCAUUGUGGUGCAGAAGCGACACCACACACGCCUCUUCUGCACAGACAAGAACGAGCGGGUUGGAAAGAGUGGGAACAUUCCAGCAGGCACAACUGUAGACACGAAGAUCACCCACCCGACUGAGUUUGACUUCUACCUGUGCAGUCACGCUGGCAUCCAGGGGACAAGCCGUCCUUCCCACUACCACGUGCUUUGGGAUGACAAUCGUUUUUCUUCUGAUGAGCUGCAGAUUCUGACCUACCAGCUGUGUCACACCUAUGUGCGCUGCACACGCUCUGUGUCAAUACCUGCGCCAGCUUACUAUGCUCACCUGGUGGCCUUCCGAGCCAGGUACCACCUGGUGGAUAAGGAACAUGACAGCGCCGAAGGAAGCCAUACCUCUGGGCAGAGCAACGGGCGAGAUCACCAAGCGCUGGCCAAGGCGGUCCAGGUCCACCAGGACACACUGCGCACCAUGUACUUUGCUUGACAUGUUGUAUUGUUUAGCGAUUGCGUACCGAGUUGGAUUCACACGAGACCAGCUACACUCAGACCAACAGAUGCCCAGCCCUUCCGUGACAGCCAGCAUCGAACAUGAGACGUCUUUGGUUUUAUUAGAUCCUCCAUUUUCCAGAAUGCCUUCCGUCCCAAAUUUCAGACUUGGAUUUUGAGCUACAGGCCUGUAUGAGACCCCAGUGUAGGAAACGUGGUUUGCCAAACCUAUAAGCUGCUCACUGAGAGUCCCGUUUCCUAAAAACAAACAAACAAACAACAAAACAAAACAACAACAAAAUGUCCUAAAACCAGUCUAUGAACUCUCAGGGCUUUAAAACACUUGAAUUUAUUUGGUCAUUCGAUUUACUUGUUUUUAACACCUGAUUCUCAAUGAAAUCGAUGGGCUCAAACUAGCUAUGAAGGCUCUGAGCGUGAAAGCAACACCAUUAUCAUUGGGGUUUUAAAGCCUGGCCCUAAGAAGUUGUCACUAAUGUUGAGUUCUAAGGGAUGCCAUGUGCCCUGCAGCCCCAGGGCAUGUGGCUGCUAGGUAUCCACAGUGUCUCUCACCGGCCACUGCCUGCCCUCGAAGCCUGAACGAAGGCAUAGUGGCCAAGGGGAUGGUCAUGUGUGUUUACGACAGUGACAAGUCCGAGAGAUUGGCAGACAAGUGCCAUUUUGAUAAAAAUUUAUUUAAAAAGAAAAAAGACAAUAUACUGACAGUCUAAUCAUAAGAUUUGUCCUGUAGGACUGUGACAUUUAUUUUCCAAAGUUUCUAAAGAAUACGGGUCUGUGGUGAUAAAUACAGUACAAUCCUUUUUCACUGUUAUGUCUUUAAUGUAAGAGAAGAUUAUAUGUAUCUGGUUUGCAGUAUUAAUGUGGUAGGUAGAUGCUGUUUCCCUUUUGUUGACGAGGGGCGCUUCUCGUGACCUGCUUCACAUAUCAGAAGCUGUGUGGAGCCUGGAGACAGUCCACCUCUUGUGGCUUUUAGUGCUUAAGUAGAGGAAUAUGCAACUGGCUUCACGUAACAGCGAUGCCCCUCCUUCUCUCCCUACCCCCAGUGUGGACUGUGUAGCCUGUACCUCCGGGAAGGACAGUAUGCUUGCCAGUAAUCUGCCGUCCUCCCUGCCUCGUCCAUGUCACUCAGCUGAUGAAGCACAAAUGGAAUUUAUUUAUUCUUCCAUUGCUGGGAAACAAGUUCACGUAAGAGUGCACUUCUCUCAGUGUGCAGUUAUGGAAGGUGGGUUUCGUAGGAUCUAUGCACUGAAGUGGAGAGCGAGCUGCCCCUAGUGGCUCUGCCAGCAUGGGACUGGCAGGUAGGAACGGAGCAUGCCCAAGGAGCUGACGGUGGGCAUGGCCAGCAGGGAAGGCACAGACUUUUCUCUGGGUGGUAUUUGCUUCUGGGCCCCCAGUGUGGGUUUGCCAGCCCAGAGACCAUUGAACUGAGAGGAGCCACUGCAUGUGGCUCUGCAGAUGGCAGCAGCCACCUCAGAGUGUGUCCUGUGGGGCUUUUUGUGCUUGUACUGCAGCUGAGUGAGCAUCAGGUCCGUUCGACGGACAAGUUCCCGGAAGGAGACGAGCCUUCUCUUCUGUGCUGCUUUGUGCUCUGUGGGUUUUCUCUACCCCUGCUGAUGGUCCUCAUUCCCCAGCUCUGCGUCGUUUACCUCUGACCCUGCGAUGGGGGAGGGUGCCCACCCUCUCCUCCUGCCGUGGCACCUCAUGUUAGAGGACACAGUACCACCUUUGCCCUGUUCCCUAUCUGUGCUGGAGCCUGGUGGGAAGGGCAGACGCAGUUACCUGGGAAGUCACUCCCUCAGCAGGUGUGUGUAUCUGUGUAUGCAUGUGGGUGUCUUACUAAUGACAUUAGUCUCUUCUUGCUGUGUCUUUAGAAAUCUUUUAACGUGAUAGACCCCCCCAGUCUAAGAAGCACUGGGACUGCCUGCUAUCCCACUGGCAAGUGGCACUUUCUCAAACUGUUUCCAAAAGGAUAUAAAAAACAAAAAACAAAAAAAAAUAAAAACAAAAAAAAAACCACCCAGCUCACCCAACAUGAUGAGGCUGGAGAACUGGUUAAACUAGUGAACUUUUAGAAUCUGAAAUUAGAUUGUUUUCAGCCAUUCUUAGAACAUGUGUUUCUAAGGUGUGUCUUCAGCCCCUUGCCAUGGGAUCUUAGUCAUGCAAGUGAGUUUUUUAGAAUGCAGAUUCUCAUGCCUGCUGCCAGUCAGCUGGGCAUCUGUGUUUGAGACCACCUCCCUCACCCACCCACCCAUCAGCGUGGCUCUGUAGGCUCUCUGAAGCCGUCCCCCAUGAUGCCAGGGGAACAGGAAGGAACCCUGUCAGAGCUCACACCUAGGAACACUUGUGGGCUGGGGGAAAAAAAAAAAAAUCUGAGCUGGGAGUUUUGUUUUGAUCAUCUUGAAGGAUAAGUUUUCUUUCUGAUGGGCCAAAGUACUCGAAGAAAAGUACUUUGUAUAGUAGCCCAUGCUUACUUGUGACACUUUUAAUAUGAAAUGUAUCCCCAGACCAAAUGUCCCUAAUUGAGUUAGAUGCACAUUGUCCACACGUCUGAUGAUGCAGAGCUUAUAAAUGGCUGUAGUUCCAAUUUCUCAGGUAAAGAAUUGUGUUUCCCCA